UGAAAGUCAUAAUUAUCCUAAUAAAUCUAUUAUUGAAUAUUUUGAACUCGGAAGAAGCUAUACGUAUGAUAUUAUUAAAGAAGGGUUAUAUCCAUCUUCAACUUAUUUGUCAUAUAUAAAAGGUGAAAAUGGUUAUCGAAUUCCUGAUAAUUAUAAAGUAAAAACUAGCUGGGAAAGAUCAAAAACUAGACAAACAGUUAUAUGUGCAAUUAAAUAUCUAACAAAGAAAUCAAAAUACUGGAUAUACUACGGAAAUAAUUUUGAAUUUCAUGUAAAAUCAGACAUGUCAUGUUCAGAUGCUGCAAAUUU